AUGAUCAAGCUUCAAAAUAUUGGUCCCGACGAAUGGGAGAUAUGGAAACACCAAAGACUGGCUGCACUUGCGAACGCACCCUAUGCAUUCUCAUCAAAACUAGCAGACUGGGAAAAUGCGUCUGAGCAACGGUGGCGCGACCGGCUUAGCAUAUGCGGCGGCUACCAAGUGGUUGCUUCUCUCGAAGACACGAUAGUGGGCAUGGCCGGGGGAAUUCUACUUGACGAACCUGAGACUGCAGAACUUGUAUCUAUGUGGGUAUCUCCCUCUGCACGAGGUCGUGGUGUCGGGGAUGCGCUAGUGGCUGCUGUUGAGGAAUGGGCUUAUGGCAGUGGUGCCACCACUAUCAAACUAUCCGUGGUAGAGGAUAAUCAUUCGGCUCGUAAGCUAUACUUACGGAAUGGAUUUGUCGAUAUUGAGAUUGAAAGCGGUGAUAUGGAGGUCAAUGGUGAGCGGGUUAUGGUGAAAAGAAAACAAUAG